AUGGGCUCUCCAUGGAAAACUCUUGGUGCUGCACUGCAUUGUGAAACGCCCGAAUUUGGCACAGGAUGUGGGGGUAGUUCCAACACAGUGUCGUGGGAUCACUUCUUCAUGUCCAUCAACCGCUACUACACCACCCUCCGGCAAGAAGCCACCAGCUCCCCCCAUCCCGAAGUGGGACAGGCCCACUCCAUGCAUAGAUACAGUGUGACUAAGGGGAUCACUCCACAGGAGAUGGAGGGGUUGCUGGCUGUCCUCAGGCUGACACAGGUCACCGCUAAAUGGGAUGAAAAUGCCAGAAUUGCUCUGUGUGAGAACCAAUCCUGGCUUCCCAUUGUCCUGCUCCUGGGUCUUCUCAGCUGCAGCGUGCCCCCAAAGUUGAAAGGUCAAUGCCUACGCACCCUGGCCACGUUGGCGCAAUCGCCGGAAGUAGGUGCCACCCUCUGGCAGUCCCUGGAGGUCUCACAGGUCAUCCCUACCGUGGCCCUGCCAGGCUCCCCGGCCUCGGGCAUCCCCGUGGAGCUAGACGAGAUCGAAUCAUCCAAUGAGGAGUACCCGCUCACAUGCGGCUUCCUGGAACUGAUGAAUUCCUUGAUGGACCUACCCAUACCGGCCAUGCUCGGUGCCGGGUACCGGGCACCAGGCUUCGACCCUUACCUGGAGUUUCUGAGGGACACCGUGUUCCUCAAGUACCGUUGGCGGGCUUACAGGGACCCUGGAGAGAAGUGGGAGGUAGCGGCAGGCGUCACCGAGAUAUUCUGCAAGCUGCUCCAGGACUACGAGCCCCAACCUCAGGACUUUGUGGACCAUCCGGUGGAGAUACAGGGAGGGGGCAUUAGCGUGGCCAACAAGCCCCCCGGCUACCAUCUCAUGGUUCACAUGCUGAAUGACAAUGCUAUGCUCAGAUUGAUACUUCAAAUUAUCGAUGAAGUCACUCAUACCCUGGACCAGUACAGGACGGGCAUUCCUGGCAAGCCCCACAUGGAGAAGUGCGCCCUCAUGUGUCUGCAGAUGGUCCAGCUGACGCUGGAGAAGCAGAACGCGUUCGUUGACCUGGUCAGAGUUCAAGGGUCGGGGGUCAUGGUCAGCACAAUGGAUGAGCUGCUGAUGGCCAUCAAUCCUCGGUCGGAAACAGCAGACCACCUGGUCAACAUUGCAAAGUUUGUCACCCAUGGAGACACCCACCCUAAACACGCCCUGGCCAGCACAAGGAUUCUCUACAGCACGGUGCGUGCCUCAAAUAUGCAGCCAGAAAUCGUGGGACUCUUCACUGCAAAACAGGACGUACGCAGGAACCUCCUGCGUGGCUUUGUGGACUGCCUGGAGACUGACGACCCAGAGGACUCCUCCGCUGACGCCCUCCCUGCAGAGGACGAGUCCCUGGAGGGAGACGACACGGCCAAGGUCCGCAGCGCCACACGCCUGUACAUCCUGAGACUCUUGCUGUACUCGCUGGAGCAGCCCUCGCCCAAUCUGGCCCACUUCUUGCUGGGUUAUGAGUACCGUAAGCCGGCCAGUAAGACCAACCUUCAGGAACCUGGUGUCUUGGGUUCCCCCCGCACCUGCCUCCAUUCCAUCCUGAACAUCCUGUCCCUGGACCGUGGCGCCCAGGCCCGCUCCGGUCCCCUAGCCAUCCACGCCAUGCCUCAGCUGGCUGAGCUGGCCUACGAGAUGAUCUACCGUCUCUGCGCCAACCGCGAGACCUCGGACCCCACCAUGCGCUACCUCCGUGCCUCCCAGGAUUUCUUCUACAGCCAGCUCAGACACCUGCCCUUCAAUGCAGGCAAUGUGGAGGAGCGGCUGCUUUUGAACCAGCAGUCCUGGCUGAUGAAGGCUGUUGCCACGGAGAUCAGACUGACCUCCGUCAAUCGACAACGCUCGCAUAUUCAGAGAUUACUGCGGCUUCUUCUAGAGGACUCGCCCUCGCUUCUCUUUGGAGAUGAGGAAGCAGACGAGCGAGGAGUAGGGGACGUGAGUCUGAUCACUGAGCACGGUGCCCUGGGGAUGAGUACGAUGCACCAGGCAGGACAGUCUAGAGUCACUGGUACCCAAGUGCGCCGCAAGAUCCUGACGUUGCUGGACUCCAUUGACUUUGUGCAGGACCUGCCUCCGCACCUACGCCUGGAGUACAUCGACCCAGUCAACAUUGAGAAGAUGAUUGCGGCAUUCGAGCUGCCCGCGGAGCGUGGAGUGGCUUCACUCUGCGACGUCAGGCAGCUGCAUCGCUUCCUGAUGGCAAAUCUGAACAACCUACAGGGAGCAUCUGCCAUCGGUCAGAGGCCUAUUGUCAUGCAGGAGAUAGAAGCUGUGCUUCACAACGUGACCAAGAGGAACAGCUUUUGCCAGGGUCUGGCAGCCAAGAGGCACAACUUUGACGCCUGGAGACAAGUAGCGGAGGUUGUUCUGACAUCGUGUCCUGCUGAGGUGCUGCCACCGGCUCUCAAGCAAAAAGUCGUCAUUGAACUGCUGCAGGAACUCCUGUCCAAGGUUUGCGAUGAGGAGGUGACCCCUGACCUUGCCUCCCCAGUGGGCGGAGUCCUGCUGACCCUGAUGACCUCCUUGAGGGAGUGUAUCCUCAGCGACCAGACAGAGAGCAUCCCACAGCUGCUCUCUGCCCAGUACGUGCGGGCCUUGGACGGCUCGGUGGUGACUACAGGCGGGGCUGGGGCAGGGCUGGGCGGGGAGGGCCACGCCCCUCUGAGGGGCCUAGGGGUGGAGGUGGUGUCGCUGACUGCCAUCUUGAAGGAGUUGCUCAAGUUCAUCAUGAUAUCAGGCGGCGGCCAGCAGCGCACCCGGGCCAACCUGUACGGCGCCCUCCUGAAUUACCUCCAGAUUCCCCGCAAGCCGCGAGAGAUCCCCACCCUCCAAGACGGUGCCACGGUGCUCAACUCUGCCCUCCUUGAUGAGUACGAGACCAUCACGACGGCCAACCUGGCCACCAUGCGAGAGUACGGUGAAGGGGUCAUGGAACUGGUGUGCCGGGACGCCAGUGACGGGCACGGGGUCGGAAGGAUGCUUGCCCUGUCGGUGAUCGACACCAUCGUUGGGAUUGACAAGCGAGGUGAUUGGCUAGCGUUCCUCUCCUCCAAGGGUUACCUCCGUCACCUGGUAGAGAACCUGAGCCAGGAGGACCAGUCUCUUCAGGAAUCCCUCCAGCCAACUCCUGAACCUCUCAGGGCACUCUUCAUCUACGAGUCACAGAUGUCCUUGUUGCAGAAGAUAGCGCUGAAUCCCGUCGGUGCCCAGGCACUCCUGCGUGCAGGGCUCAUGGGAAGGCUGUCGUCAUGCCGAUUCCUUGACCUUCGACCCGAACACAGUACACAGAGCCGCCUGCGGAUAGCGUCCACCAGCCUUGAGCCAGUGGACAUUGAAUCCUUCAUUCCCAGUGUCAUGCAGCGCUACCGCCAGCUGCUGUUUCCCAUGCUCAGACUCUGCAUGGCAAUUCUCACCUCGCUGGGGAGUCAGCACAAGGAGGCAGCCACUCAGGUGCUGCAUUUUGUGGUGUCCCACUCCGAUGUCUUCACAGCCAUCUUGAGAGAGCAGUACGGUGAACUCCACUUAGAGUCCCUCCAGGAGCUGGCGUUGACUACUAGCGUCAUCUGCACGGUGGCUGCAGACAUUACCUACUACGACCUUCCGACGGAGCCCCACACCCCCAACCACAUCCCCAUCCAGACCCACCUGAGUCGCAUCCAUCGUCAGAUCAUGGCCCUGGUGCCUCGGUUCUGCUCCCUGGACCGAUGGUUGAGAGAACUCAAGAGACUAGACACAGCAAUGCCCGAGGGCAGCGAAGCCCCCGAACCUGCCGCGCACAGGAACGAGAUACGCCAGGUCCUGCUGGAGAUAUCCCGCAACGUGAUUGGCUACUGCAAAAACAUUGUCGCCCAAUCAGGUGCAACAGCCAAAGACAGUCAGAUCUUAUUCACAGCAAGCCUACAAGAGGCAACGGCCAGGGAUUAUCAGAGAAUAGAAGGUGUUCAUCUGUCGUCACUGGACCUGACCAAGCCACCCAGCAUGGGCAUCAUGGUCCGUCAUCUACGGCAGGCGGCCAGCGAAUUCGAGGCUACCAUGGACAGACAUCAGCAACACCUCCACAAACUCAAGAAUGUGGCUGAUCUGUCUGCAGAAGAACUGAAGGAGCUGAUCCAGACGAUAUCGGGACCAACAACAGAGAAACUGCUGCCCAGUCACCGCUUGCAGCUUGCCACCAGAAAGCUGGCCGACAUCGUCCGUCAGAAAGCUGAUGAGCUGGCUCUUCUCUACUACAUGAUUGAGUGCAGCAUGUUCCUUGUUUGGCGCCAUCUAGAGUUCUAUCUGCUGUAUUGCCAGACGUCCAAGGACAGUCUGUUACAUAAGAUGAGCCUACCAAGGCAGCAGCCCAGGAAUUUAGCAGAUCCCAACAGAUUCCUUCUGGAUGGUGGCGGUGAUGACCCAAGCCAUACACCCAUCAGCCCUGUCCUACUUGGCAUUACAGAUGACGAUAUCAAACAGCUUCGCGUGGAUGCCAACAGCUGCCUGAGUGACAUGCUACUCAAGAGAACCAGAGACAUCGAGUCCCAGUUCAUUCGUGGCCAGUCCCGCUACACUUUCAUCUCGGUGCUGGUCCGACGCAUCAAACGACUCCUGACGUUAGGAACUCACUGAUAGGAAACAUUCUACAUACCCUGGAUCGCUGCAUAGACCUCAUGCGUUGAGGCGGAGUUAGAGGGCAAUAGUUUUGUUUCGCUUGGAUAGGCAUGGGUUAACAUUUUGCGCAACCAUUAUUACACCAACCAUUAUUACACCCUCUGAGACUCUUGUUGUAAGUUCCUAAGGCCCGUCCUAUACGCCGUGCUUCUGCCGCACAAAACUUAAUUGAAAUGAGUGCUGCGAUAGCUCAUCUACAGCACGGCAGUUGCUCUAAACGCCAAAUGUAAUAGUCAAACCUUAAUGCAACUGGAGUAAUGGGCUAGGUAAAAGCAGCUCAAGCAGUUCAAUGAACUUCAGCGCGAUCAAAAUAUUUGCGCUAAGUUCACUCCCCGUGAUGUGGACGCCAGAGAGGGUAUUGUGAGCAUGCGCAUUCCUAAAAUGUUUGCCCUAACUUCGAAUUGAAUUGAAUUCAGCAGGGCAAUGGCAAGGCGUUUAAAACAGUGCC